AUGGUUAUUCGUCAGAACAUAGAGAAACAAUGGGACUCUAUGCUGCAGCUCCCAAAAGAGGAGGCUACAGACAGACUGGCUCGCCUUCUGAACCAGCUGGAGGCCAGAGAUCGCACAAAGGAAGAGGACCAGGCUCAGAAAGAUGCUGAAGCCAGAAAAGAAGCUGAGUUGUUAAGCGCUGAGGUGGAGCGCAGACAGAAGCAGAAGAGAGAGGAACAACUUCAGAAGAUGAAACUCCUCCGGGAGAAGGUGGAGGUACGCCAUCAGGAAAAGCUGGAGUCAGAACGCAGAAAGGACCAGCAAAGGUGGCGAAGUGCAGAAAAGAGUGCACUGUACAAUAAACACCCCCUGAAGGAACGCCACAUACGUCAGGAGCAGGAGGAAAAAGACAGACAGGCCCAGAGGAAGAUAGAACAGGAAGGACACAAGGAGCAAGUGGAGAGAGGCAUCCAGAGGGCGGCAUCUGAAAACCGCAUCAUUCUUCCCCUGCUGGCCCAAAGAAACAGGAACGUUCUUCAAAGCAACACAACUUCAAAACCCGAGUGUGUUAAGGUGAUGAAUGAUGGUAAACCAACCUUCGGCAAAGUUGGAGUCCAUGAAGCCGAUCGUGAGCACAAAAAGAACGGUCCUGACAAGUGA